AGGAAAUCUUGCACUGAACACAUUCUUGCAGGAAAAAUGGGGCCUAACAUUCUGUUGCUGGCAUUGGCUGCAUCCUUACUUGUCUCCUCCACUGCCGCCGGAUAUGGAGCUGAUGAUCUUGACCCUCAGGUCUUCCAUGUCACCGGAAAAGUUCUUUGCCAGGACUGCAACAAGGGAUGGAAUGAAUGGGUGAACGGCGCCGACCCCAUCAAAGACAGCAGGGUGUCCGUGACAUGCCUGGAUGACAGGAAGAGAGUUGUUCAUUACGCAAGUGACCUGACGGACAAGAAUGGAGACUUUGAUAUCGCCUGCAACAGAUUCGUGAACGGGAAGGAGCUGAAGCCUCAGAAUUGUAAUGUUAGGCUUGUGUCGUCGCCUGACCCGGUUUGCAACAUCGCCACCGACUUUGCUGGCGGGAAGACGGGGUUGAAGCUCCGGCGGCCGACAGAAGUUUACAGGGAUGUCCUAAAGUUCGCUCUUGGUCCGCUGUACUACACAACACCAAUGUGCGACGAUCCAGACACCAGUGGCCCUGAGAAAACAUAUUGAUGAUGUUUCUAUUUUUAUUUUUAAGUUUUGCUGCAUUUGAUUUUCUCUUCUUUUUCGGUUUUUUGUUUGUACACUUCUAAGGCAUCGAAUUAUCAUUGCUUCAUAA